AUGGGCCUGGGUCUUUUGAGCAUCUCCAUCAGGUGCGCUGCGCGUCACCGCCUGCAGCGCACUACGUUCAGGGACAGGCCAUCAGGUCCUCUGUCUGCAGCGCUACGUUCAGGGACAGGCCGUCAGGUCCUCUGUCUGCAGCGCUACGUUCAGGGACAGGCCAUCAGGUCCUCUGUCUGCAGCGCUACGUUCAGGGACAGGCCAUCAGGUCCUCUGCCUGCAGCGCUACGUUCAGGGACAGGCCGUCAGGUCCUCUGUCUGCAGCGCUACGUUCAGGGACAGGCCAUCAGGUCCUCUGUCUGCAGCGCUACGUUCAGGGACAGGCCAUCAGGUCCUCUGCCUGCAGCGCUACGUUCAGGGACAGGCCAUCAGGUCCUCUGUCUGCAGCGCUACGUUCAGGGACAGGCCGUCAGGUCCUCUGUCUGCAGCGCUACGUUCAGGGACAGGCCAUCAGGUCCUCUGUCUGCAGCGCUACGUUCAGGGACAGGCCGUCAGGUCCUCUGUCUGCAGCGCUACGUUCAGGGACAGGCCAUCAGGUCCUCUGCAGCGCUACGUUCAGGGACAGGCCAUCAGGUCCUCUGUCUGCAGCGCUACGUUCAGGGACAGGCCAUCAGGUCCUCUGUCUGCAGCGCUACGUUCAGGGACAGGCCGUCAGGUCCUCUGUCUGCAGCGCUACGUUCAGGGACAGGCCAUCAGGUCCUCUGCAGCGCUACGUUCAGGGACAGGCCAUCAGGUCCUCUGCCUGCAGCGCUACGUUCAGGGACAGGCCAUCAGGUCCUCUGUCUGCAGCGCUACGUUCAGGGACAGGCCGUCAGGUCCUCUGUCUGCAGCGCUACGUUCAGGGACAGGCCGUCAGGUCCUCUGCCUGCAGCGCUACGUUCAGGGACAGGCCAUCAGGUCCUCUGUCUGCAGCGCUACGUUCAGGGACAGGCCGUCAGGUCCUCUGUCUGCAGCGCUACGUUCAGGGACAGGCCGUCAGGUCCUCUGUCUGCAGCGCUACGUUCAGGGACAGGCCGUCAGGUCCUCUGUCUGCAGCGCUACGUUCAGGGACAGGCCAUCAGGUCCUCUGCAGCGCUACGUUCAGGGACAGGCCGUCAGGUCCUCUGUCUGCAGCGCUACGUUCAGGGACAGGCCAUCAGGUCCUCUGUCUGCAGCGCUACGUUCAGGGACAGGCCAUCAGGUCCUUAA